CUUCGAAUGGUUAGACUACGAACUGACGUCUAUAGAAUAAAGAGUCGCCCUUUCCUAUUUCUAAUAAAUGCGCCUGGUCUUAAACAUAAAUCACAACACAAGAAACCCCCUCUUUUGUUCCGUUCAAAUACGUGCCAUUUUUGUUGUCCGCUGAAAAGCGUGUAGUCAGUGUGAGACGAGUAAAUGAGACGCUAAUUAAAAGCUUCCUGCGUUGUGAAGACUAGCGGGCAACAUUAUUCAAUUGUGCAUCUUUCACGAUGUGAGCCGCUGUCUCGUACUUGGGGAGUAUUUUUAAUUUUUGUUCAGUCGAGCCAUUGUAAAUCAGACGGUAAUGAAAGCCGUUCUUCGCCUGCAGCAACCAGAAGUGAACAGUAGGCGACCCGGAAGGUCUGAACUCCGAUUGAAGGCAGGCAGAAAGAACAUCUCAACCUUUUUUAAUAUAUAUAUACAAGAGACAAAAUCUGCAAUCGGGGAUCAAGGAUGGCAGAGCCUCGGUUUAAUAAUCCCUAUUUCUGGCCUCCUCCACCAACCAUGCCCAGCCAGCUGGAUAACUUGGUGUUGAUCAACAAGAUCAAGGAGCAGCUGAUGGCCGAGAAGAUCAGGCCACCCCACCUGCCACCCACCUCUGUCCCUUCCCAGCAGCCCUUGCUGGUGCCCCCCUCGCCCUCGGAGGGCGGCCAGCACGUGAUGUCCAUUCCCAAGCUUCAGCAGGUGCCCGGGCUCCACACACACAGUCCCUCGCAGCCUGACAUCGCCCUGCACGCCCGGCCAGCCUCCAGCACUGUGGCAGGCCUUAUUCUUGGUGAUGUAAACUUGGAUGAUAAGACAUCUGUAAAAGCUAAAGGAUUGUGGGAGGACUGGCAUUUGCGUCAAAUCAUAGACCAGCCUACUAGAAUGAACCAUCUCUCAGGCCUGGCCCUGUCGUCCCGCACGGGCAGCCAGAAUAACACCUCGGAGGCCAUCACCCCCACCACCCCCACCUCCAGCAGCCAGAGCCGCCUGGGCGGAGCCUCCUCUCCCAACGUCAGCUCGGGGCUGGCCAGCGGCCCGGGGAUGGAGCCGGCCAAGAGCGGGGGCCUGUCGGGCCUGCUGGGGCCGCCGCCCAAGGGGGAGCGCGGCCGGAAGAAGAUCAAGGCCGAGAGCCCGUCGGGCCCCCUGCUGGUCGUCCCGUACCCCAUCCUGGCCUCCGGCACGGACCAGUCCACCGUCACCAUCGCCGCGAAAGAGGGGAAAACGUACAGGUUGGAAAAUAAGCGGUGUAAAGUGUGCCCCCUGACCUUCUUCACCAAGUCGGAGAUGCAGAUCCACUCUAAGUCGCACACGGAGGCCAAGCCCCACAAGUGCCCACAUUGCUCCAAGUCCUUCGCCAAUGCCUCCUACCUGGCCCAGCACCUGCGGAUCCACCUGGGCGUCAAACCCUACCACUGCUCCUACUGCGAGAAGUCCUUCCGUCAGCUGUCGCACCUGCAGCAGCACACCAGAAUCCACACUGGUGAUCGGCCCUAUAAAUGCGCCCAUCCUGGCUGUGAAAAAGCCUUCACUCAGCUCUCCAAUCUACAGUCACACCAGAGGCAGCACAACAAAGACAAGCCCUACAAGUGUCCAAACUGCUACCGCGCCUAUUCCGACUCGGCCUCAUUGCAGAUCCAUCUGUCCGCGCACGCUAUCAAAAACGCCAAGGCCUACUGCUGCAGUAUGUGCGGCCGGGCCUACACCUCAGAGACGUACCUUAUGAAGCACAUGUCCAAGCAUACUGUGGUCGAGCACCUGGUGAACCACCAUUCCCCUCAGAGGACAGAGUCCCCGAGCAUCCCCAUCCGGAUCUCCCUCAUCUGAGCGGCGCGGGACUCCCCCUCCUGGGGCUCCCUGUGCCGCCCCGCAAGGGCCUCCGUUCCGCCGCGGGCCGCCAGCCAGCUCCCCGUUGUGCUGUUCCUUGUCGUUUGUUUGGUUUUCGUUUGUCCCCAGUUUGGGUUCCAAAAAAAAAAUGUGCCAGACUGUAUUUUGUAUUUUAACACAACAAUUUUUUUUUUGGGGGGGGGGGUGAGGGGGCAGGUGCUAGUUAAUUAGUUUGUGAAAGGGGAUGGGAGGGGGGUGGGACAUCCAAAGAUGAUUUUUAGAGCACUUUCAGGCCUUUACAGUAUUGGCCAAAAAAAGUUUAUAGUCUGUUAAGACAAAAAAUGAAAAGGCAUUGCUACAGGCAGCUAAGACUUUUGACCAUAGGUAUUAAAGGACCUCCUGUGUGCUUUUUUUAGAUUUGGUUAGAACCAAAUCUAGAAAAUAAGUCUAAAUGGUUAGAACUGGUUAAUUGGGUAGCACUUCUUUCUACGGCGAUCUUCUUCAAACUGAGUUGUGACCAGUCCUGAGAUGAUGGCAGGGGGCCCUAAAUCUGAUAAUUGGUACGUCCCAGGUUUUGGUUUAAUGAACCGUUUUUUUAGAAAGGUUAUACCUAAUGCACAGUGUUAUGGGAAUUGUUUUCUUUCUUACUUUAUGAAGAAAGGAACGUUUAACAUGGGAGUUUUCGGGAAAAAUAGCACCAUCCAGCUAUGUCCCAGGUGAGUUUGGAGUUACAUGGGCGUCUUUAUGAGAGGAGUAAUGGACAAAAAUGUUUUGGGUUUUUUAAAAAAAACAAACAAACUGCAGCACACCCAAAGCAGGCCCAGAGAAUGUCUGCACGGCUCUGCGGUAAGUAGUGAUACAAGCUAUGAUAUAGCUAAAAUCGUCAACCGGGCAAUACAGACAAAAGGCACAUGCUUAAGGGAUUGUUGUUGUAUUCAUGUUACCUAGGAAGUAAAUAUUGGACAAAAAUAAAAUACAGAAUCACACCUCUACUGAACCAGUAGAAAAAGCAUGGGCUGAAAAAACGAUAUCCUGAAUCUUCAGUCUACAUAAAAAGGACUUUAAGCCCUGAUCGAACUUUAAAUAUAGCUCCUAUAUAAUCUGGAACUAGUGUGGCACAGCUAGUGUACUUUAUAUUUUCAAAGAAAACAAGAAUAGUACAGCUGCUGACAUUUUCUGUCCCCACUCUCUCUAACUUGUAUCUGCAGUCUUGGCCUCUGUGUUUGGCUCUUUACCAAGUAACCAUCGCACAUCACUCGGAAAGUGAUGGACGCCCAUUCGUGGAUUAUCUUUUAACCAGAUAAAUAAGAAUAAGCUACAUUCAAAAACAAUAUUAUGGGUAGGAAAUGGGGAGGGCUUGUUUUUACUGCAUUCCAGUUUAAUGUAACCUUUUAGUGAAAGGCGGCGUGCCUGGUUUCUUUGAAAUGGAGGCAUGCGGUUUUUAAUAUUGCAAUCCCCAUCUCGUGUGGUCGUGAAUGCAUGUGUUUGUGUGCGUGUGUGUUGAGAAAAGGUUUCUAGAUGUAAAAAGGUGGGGUCCCUGUCACAAGUUUCGUGUAGGCUGCACUCCGCAGUGAUGUCACUGCCCAGAGGCUGAGGAUGCAGGUUUUUACUGGUGGGUUUUAUGGUCAUAACUGAAAAGGUACAUCUAAAGAUCAGCACUUCCUGUGAAAGCACUUCCUGUGUGGUGAUUGGCACGCUUUCGGCAAACUUUCCAGGGCGGUCUUAAUUCAGCGGCACCUGAGGCUUUCAGUUAGCCCUGGUCAUAGUUUGACAGUAGCAAAUGGAUUUGCGAGGGAAAACUCUGGGUCCCAAUUGUAUAUUAUAACUGUUUGGUCUGGCAAAGGCAUUGAUUUAAUCUUUGUUCGGAAAUGGGAUUCCUAAGCCUUGAUUACUUGAUCAGGACUGCAAGCUCUUGUAUUCCAUGGCUUUCCUCUUCAGUUCUUCAUGGCUUUCCUUGAGUUUGGGCUGACCAGAUUGGCAGUAGCGACCUGCUGUUUGGAGCCCAUAUACUUUGCUCAGAUAGCGUCCACUUUUCACUUUACAGCCCUGGCUUGUGCAGCGUGGCGGUGUGCUGCAGUCCACAAUAUUUAACUGGGAAUACUCAUUCUUAUUCUCAGUCAGAAUUUCCCAUUUCUUGGUUGAAUGACAAAAUGCCAGCAUCCCCUGGGAUGUGCAGGGCAUGUGAGCAGGCUGUGCUGUCGGGGAGAACUGCAUCACUCCUCCAGCUGAUGCUAACUGAGCUGGGGGCACCGUGCGACCUGCAUAGCUCACAAGCUGGUGUGACAAUCAUAGUGCCGGAUUGGUGAUUCCGUUGUGGCCGUAUAAAAAGAAAAUAAUGGGGGGAAAAAAGUUAUUUGCAUUUAUCUAUCACGCUUUUUUUUUAGCUUUCAGUGCACAAAAAAGAGCAUGUGUUUAUUAUCAUUACAGCUUGGUCAUGCAUUUCUUAUUCCAGUGUUGCUGGGGUGAAUUGAAAUCAUACAUGUCAUUGGAACAUAAAGUGUUAUAGGGUUUUCAUUUCAAGUGAUUAAAGUAAUUAAAUAUAUAUAUAUAUGAAGGGACUGUUAGAAAUUUGGACUUUUACAUAAGGAAAAAAAUGCCUCUAUAUUUUAGCUUUAGAAAAGGUCUGAUGUUUGCAAUCUCCAUAAUAACGUGUCUAAGAACUCUUAAUUACACAGUAUUAUGUGUAAUAAAGUUGAAUUUUCUGUAAUCAUUUAAAAAGAAUGGAAAUCAGGAGGUUUUUUGGCACAAGGUUAGAGGACAAAGUCCACUGUAACUUUUGUGUUUUACAAGGCGGCCACAAUGUAAAUGCUCUGCGCUUGUUCUGCAUUUUCAGAAUCUGAUGGGCAUCCCCUGUAUUGCAUAAAUGUGCUUGUUAGAUUGUGAGCUCAGGCCAGAAGCCCCAGGAGUCUUGUUAGUGUACCAGAUUUCAGCAUGCACAGUAUCUGAGAGGCAGCCCCACCUCCUGCACGUAAUGGUUCCUUCCACUACAUUUACUGACAUUCCAGUUUAGUAACAAUUAUAAUAAUAAUGAAAGAGCAACUGGAAAAAAAAAGAGAACAAUCAUUUAGGUGUUGCUUAAAAAGUGUAGCAUUUUGAAAUUGAUUUUAAUGUGCGGCUUUUAAUGUGUGUUGUUCUAACUAAUUUACCCCACAGAGUAAAAUAAUUAUUUAUAUAGGUUAUAAUAUAUAUUUUAUAUAUAAUCUGGCCAUUUAAUUGGUAUAAAACCCUUAAGUACAUAACUAUGUAUGCCAAGAAAAAACAGAUCCCACCUUUUACCUACAAAUCUUUGUUUUUUUUGAAUGGAGUAAAUCGGAAUGUGUGAGUUUACAUGAUAAAUAUACCUUCGGCCCUUUUUUGUUUUAAAUUGAAAAGAAUUCUUGUUUUGGGUGUCUCAUUAAAUUCUGUAUAGAUAUGUUUAUGUAUAAAAGACCUCCUGGUGUCUUGUAAUCUUUUAUUUUCUUCAUGCCUAAAAUAUUAAUAAUUAACUGUUUUGUUAUUUUUAUACACAUUUAAGCCUUAACUAUAUAUUAUCACUGUAUGUUUAUCACAUUUUAUUUCCAUUUUUUCAUAUUGGUGUUGUUCGGUAACCAGUACUGUAUCUACAUACUUUUUUCUUAGCAUGGAAUAUACUGUAAAUAAACUAUAUAAUACUUACUGUUAACCCAUUUUCUAUAUUAAAUGAUUAUAUAGGUCUAGUUAUUAUUAAAAAAUCCUUUGUCUUGCAUUGUGGUACCUUAUAAAAAGUUCACUCUAGCUGUGUAAUACGCAGUUAAGACUUUGAAAAGAAAAAUGGGAUUUGUGUAAAAAGCAAAAAACAUGAAAAACACUUUGUAUCUUUUUGUUGUUCAAUAAAUGCAGACUCUGUAAUAAA